AUGAAAGCGCUUAGAGCAUUAAGCUCUGACUCUAGGGUUUCGAAUGAUGAUGAGAAAGGGAGUUUUGAUUUUAACGAGUUGAACCAACAAGAUUGGGGUUCAGCUGAGUCGUUGUUGAGUUUAGAGUAUCCAUCAACUCAUGUUUAUUCUUUCAAAGCUGAGGAUUGUGAUGCUAAACGAGUUUCUGUGGUUACUUUCGGUGUGACUCCUGUAGGUGGUGUUGAAUUGGCUACUCAUACUCCUGGUGCUUUACAAGGGUCGUUUACGCCUGAGCAGUAUAAAUUGUUGAAGUGGGAAAAGGAUAUAGAAGAGAGGAAUCGUCUGUUAAUUGAUGAAGGCCCUGCUGUUAUGUCUCCACAAGAAGGGUAUACGGUUUUGGAUCAUCCAACAUCUUAUGUGCCCUACUUCGCUACUCCUACUUCAACGGGGAUUCCGCUAUAUCAAAUUCCUGACGAGAAUUCAUUCAUGUCGUUAUGUCGUCUUCUCCUCCGCUCUCUUCGUUCAUCCGAUGUGCCUCCCAUUUCCAUCAAGCUCAGUUUCAACUCUGAUUGUUUUGUAGGUUCUUCUCUCAUUCGGUUUUACUCGCAAUAUGGAAAAAAAUAUGCACAUAAGGUGUUUGAUGAAAUUACUAACACAAACAAUGUUGCUUACACUUCCAUUAUCAACGCAUAUGCUCACUCUGGUGAUUCCUCUCCUUAUGGUGCUUUCAAGAUUGCUUCCACAAUGCAGCAACAAGGGAUGCUUCUGAAUCGCGUUACGUUAGAGGCAAAAUUUGUGGGGCUGCAAGAGGGUCAUGCGAUUCAUAGUUAUGUUGUUAGGAGAGGUAUUUAUGGAGUGGUUUGA